CCAUUAUUGGAGGAUUCACAGCCGUGAUAUGGACAGAUGUAUUUCAAUCGGUUCUUAUGUUUAGUGGCACCUUCGCAAUUCUUAUUAAGGGAACGAUGGAAGUAGGUGGAGUUGCAAACACUUGGAGCAUUGUGAAGGAGAAAGGACGGUCCAACUUGAUAGACUUUAAUCCCGACCCUACCAUCCGUCAAUCAUUCUGGCGCCUAUUUGUUUGGGGUUUGAUCUACGGGUUCAAGCUGCAAUUUACUCAGGCGUCUUUUCAGAGGAUCAAGGCAACACCAACCGUGGCAAAAGCCAAACAGAUGUACUUCAUUGCUUGUUUUUUGUUCCUGUUGAUAUCGGGGCUGGCGGUGUUGGAUGGAGCUGUUAUGUUCGCCUACUAUCAUACAAAAGGGUGUGAUCCGCUUUUAGCCAAACAAGUGAAUAACCAAAAUCAGUUAAUGGCAAAAAUGGUACGAGACAUAUUUCAAGAUAUCCCAUGUCUCCCAGGGCUUUUCCUUGCGUCUCUGUUCAGUGCAGCACUUAGUACCAUGUCGUCGGUGUUAAGUGCAAUGUCAGCCAUGUUUUGGGAGGAUAUCGUCAAACCGCACAUGAAACCUAUGUCUGAAAGAAAGGCCAUGCGCAUCACACAGUUAUCAGUAUUUAUUUUCGGAGGGCUGACUAUAAUUGUUACCUUUGCUAUAUCUGGUAUAGAUGGACCUAUAUCUCGGAUAUGUGAUAUUACUGGAGCGUGCAUUAUCGGGGCAUUGUACGGCAUGAUGUUACUUGGCUGGUUUGUACCGAGAGCAAACUCCUUGGGUGCAUUAGUGGGAGGAAUGGUCUCUUUCCUGUUUGUAGGAUGGAUAUCGUUCGGGAAACUGGUUUCGUCAGGAGUACGUGUUGAUGCAAAAUUAGAACCGGCAUCAACAGAUAAUUGCCCAGUGUUCAAUGUUACCGGAAUGACAAACGCAACGUUAAUGGAAUACACGUAUUCAGAGGCCACCUGGAAUAGUUCAAGUACGAUAGCUGGUGCGACACAGACAGACAUCGUUUCUGAACCACAAGGACUGGAUAUUCUUUACUCUCUGUCUUAUAAAUGGUUGAUGCCGAUUGGGUUUUCUUUGGUAUUCAUUGUUGGAUCCAUCAUCAGUCGUUUCCAAGCUCGAGAGCCUGUAGACCCAUCUUUAAUUAUACCAGUGUGUGAUUAUCUAUGUUGCUGUAUUCCGGAAAGAAUUAGGAGAAAAAUCCGGUGUGGAGUCGAAUAUCCUGGAACGGAUAAGAAAAUGGUCGAAGACGAAGCGGAAUCAAUGAAGGAACUUGUAUCUGCUCAGAAAAAUGUUCCGACGAUUUAGGUGGUAUUUGACAGUGCAUUUACUACUUCUUAUCCCCACCAAGCAGCUGUAAAGAUAAUUAACUAAGCCAUAUUUUUCAACUGUGAAAUUUCAACUAACUUUGAAAAAAAA